CCCGCGCUGCUGCUGCUGCUGCUGAGAGUCUGGGCUGCAGCUUUACAGAGGAAGAGCUGUUUACUGAGAACAGCGGACCUGAAAGAGGACAGGGAGGACGGAGGGUCCGUCCACACGGCGCGGACACGCAGACAGACAGACUUUGAGCAAAGGGGGUCCGAGGUCACAGCUCCAUGUGGUCCGGUAGAAGAUGAGAGAACAUGACUUUGGACAGAGCGAGCCGGGGUCUCUACAAGCCUCCUGCAGCACUCUGCCGGGGUCAGAGGUCAAACUGCACCAGGAUGUCAAGAUCCAGGGUGCAUUGGGUGUGUGUGAGGACAGAUCAGCUGGUUGCUGUGGUAAAGAGCUGGAGGAGGGCGGAGCUAAAGACAAAAAUCCUAGCAAACCAGGUGGAGAGAACGACAGGUGUGAUCAUCCGGUCGACAGCGCAGGUCUUUUCUCCUUCAUGACAUUUCAUUGGCUUACUCCUCUGGCCGUACACGCCCGCAGGAAAGGACAGCUCCUAUUGGAUGACAUCUGGCCCGUGUCGCAGAGGGAGGGUUGCCAUGACAACAGCCUGCGGUUGGCGUCUCUGUGGGAGCAGGAGCAGAGGUCAAAGGGCAGCGAGGCGUCUCUGUGUUCGGCGGUCUGGUCUUUCUGUCGGACCCGUCUCCUCCUCUCCAUCCUCUGUCUCACCGUCACACAGCUGGCCGGAUUCAGUGGCCCGGCCUUCGUGGUGAAGCGUCUGCUGGAGUACACCCAGCGGGAGGAGCCAGACCUGGGUUACGGUCUGCUGCUGGUGCUGGGUCUCCUCACCACAGAGCUCGUCCGGUCCUGGUCUCUGGCUCUGACAUGGGCCCUGAACUACAGGACCGGAUCCCGGCUGAGAGGAGCCGUCCUCAGCAUGGCCUUCAACAAGAUCCUCCGACUCCGCAGCGUCAGGGACAAGUCCAUGGGACAGCUGGUGAACAUGUGCUCCAGUGAUGGUCAGAGGAUGUUUGAAGCAGCAGCAGUAGGCAGUCUGUUAGCAGGAGGGCCCCUGGUGGCCGUACUUGGUGUGGCCUACAAUCUGUUCAUACUGGGACCAACGUCUCUACUGGGAUCAGCUGUGUUCAUCCUCUUCUACCCCGCCAUGAUGUUCAGCUCCAGACUGACGGCGUACUUCAGGAGGAAGGGCGUGGCCGUGACCGACAGACGAGUCCAGAAGAUGAACGAGAUCCUCAGCUACAUCAAGUUCAUCAAGAUGUUUGCCUGGGUCAAAGCCUUCUCCCAGGACGUCCACCGUACGUACUCACCUUACACGCGCUCACCUGGGUGGACUGUCACCAUGAGCAUGGGGGGGGCUCCCAUCGUCGUCCAGUCAUCAGCCAGCGGCAUUCUCUCCGCCCAUGUUUUGAUAGGAGACCUGACAGCCGCUCAGGCCUUCACUGUGGUGACUGUGUUCAACGCCAUGACCUUUGCCCUGAAGGUUACUCCGUUUUCAGUCAAAUCUCUGUCUGAAGCUUCAGUGGCCGUGGAGAGAUUCAAGAGUCUCUUCCUGUUGCCGGAGGUCGACAGUGUCCGAGGGUUACCUGGUGAUCCUCAGGUUGCCGUGGAGAUUUGUAGGGCUAGUCUGGCGUGGGAGGGGGGUGGCCAGAGCGCUCAGCCCAGUCCAUGUGUCCGAACAGCUAGCAGACCUCAGCACAGUGGAAGAAGAGCUAAACCGGGCCUGGUGAUCUCCAGUUGCAGAGACAGAGCUGCUGUUCUCCAGGACGACGAGGACGAGGAGCAGGAGGAGGUGACUGGCUCCCUGCUGAGAGGAGGAGGAGAUGUGGCCUCACGCCAAGAGGAACCAGAGGGGGCAAAGGGGGAGGAGGAGACUUGUCCUCCCCUCCUGUCUGUCCCUCCUGUCUCUCAACGCCUUCAGAGUACCCUGCACUGCAUCAACCUGAGCGUCCAGCAGGGGACGCUGGUCGGUGUUUGUGGCAGUGUCGGCAGUGGGAAAACCUCCCUGAUCUCCGCCAUCUUAGGACAGAUGACUGUGUUGGAGGGCAGUGUGGCUGUCAGAGGAAGGCUGGCCUACGUGGCUCAGCAGGCCUGGAUCCUGAACGCAACGCUGAGAGACAACAUCCUGUUUGGACAGGAGUACCACAAGGAGAGGUAUCAGUCCGUGCUGAGCGCCUGCUGUCUCAGACCAGACCUCGCCCUCCUACCCGACGCUGACCUCACAGAGAUCGGGGAACGUGGUGCCAAUCUGAGUGGCGGGCAGCGCCAGCGAAUCAGCUUAGCCCGUGCCCUUUACAGUGACCGGGACGUUUACAUCCUGGACGACCCACUGAGCGCCCUCGAUGCCCACGUGGCCAACCACAUCUUCCACAGCGCCAUCAAGAAGCAGCUCCGCCACAAGACCGUCGUAUUCGUCACCCACCAGCUGCAGUACCUGGUGGACUGUGAUGAUGUCAUCCUGAUGAGGGAGGGGAGCAUAGUGGAGCAGGGUAACCAUGACAACCUGAUGAAACUGAACGGAGAUUACGCCGCCAUGUUCAACCACUUCCAGCUCGGAGACACUCCGUACAUAGAGGCUCCCAGCAGGAAGAGCGGUGGUUCUCAGAGGAAACCAGCAGACAGUAAACCAGGAUCAGUGAAGAAGAACGCACCGGUCGUCAAGGACACCGGGGAGGAGCAGCAGUGUGGGGGCGUGGCCUGGCCAGCGUUUCGGCUGUACAUGGCGGCGUGUGGUGGCUCCGCCUCCUGCCUGCUGAUUCUGGUCCUGUUCGUUUUUAAUGUGGGGAGCUCCGCUUUCUGCCACUGGUGGCUCAGCUACUGGAUCAACCAGGGCAGCGGGAACACCACGGUAAUCCAGGGAAACCACUCUGCGGUAAGCGUCAGCAUGAAGGACAAUCCCAUGAUGCAACACUACGCCGCUGUCUACGCCUCCUCCAUGGGAGUGAUGUUGCUCUUCAAACUCAUCAGAGGCAUUGCCUUCGUCAAGGGAACUCUGCGAGCCGCCUCCAAGCUGCACGACCAGCUUUUCCACAAGAUCCUCCGCUGCCCCAUGAAGUUCUUCGACACGACGCCCACAGGAAUAAUCCUCAACCGCUUCUCCAAGGACAUGGAUGAAGUCGACACCCGCCUGCCCUUCCAGGCUGAGAUGUUCAUCCAGAACGUGAUCCUGGUCUUCUUCUGUCUGGGCGUCAUCAGCUGUGUUUUCCCAUGGUUCCUGGUGGCCGUGGGUCCUCUGGUCUUACUGUUUGCAGCACUUCACAGCGUCUCCAGGGUCUUCAUCCGGGAGCUGAAGCGUCUGGACAAUGUGACGAUGUCGCCCUUCAUGUCCCACAUCACCUCCAGCAUCCAGGGCUUGGCCACGCUGCAGGCCUACAGCAGGGGCCAGGACUUCCUCAAAAGGUACCAGGUUCUACUAGACCAGAACCAGGCUCCGUUCUACCUGUUCAGCUGUGCGAUGCGGUGGCUGGCUGUGCGGCUGGACGUCAUAAGCAUGGCUCUGAUCAGCAUUACUGCCGUGAUGAUGGUCCUGAUGCAUGGACAGAUCCCUCCCGCCUACGCCGGCCUCGCCAUCUCCUACGCCGUGCAGUUAACAGGGUUGUUCCAGUUCACGGUCCGUUUGGCCUCUGAGACCGAAGCUCGCUUCACUUCCGUGGAGAGAAUCCACCACUACAUACAGUCCCUGUCCCAGGAGGCCCCGGCCCGGGUCAAAGGUCGCGCCCCUCCGGCUGACUGGCCCCAACAGGGGGAGCUGAUGUUCAGGGAGGUGGAGAUGAGGUACCGGGAGAACCUCCCUCUGGUCCUGAACAGGAUCUCCUGCACCAUCAGACCCAAAGAGAAGGUCGGCAUCGUGGGCAGGACCGGAUCAGGGAAGUCGUCUCUUGGCGUGGUCUUGUUCAGGCUGGUGGAGCGCUGUGGAGGAUCCAUCCUGAUCGACGGCAUCGACAUCAGUGACAUCGGACUGGCCGACCUCCGCAGCAAGCUGUCAAUCAUCCCCCAGGACCCGGUCCUGUUCAGCGGGACGGUCAGGUCUAAUCUGGACCCCUUUAACCAGUACAGUGAGGAGCAGAUCUGGGAUGCCCUGGGGAGAAGUCACAUGAAGGAGUGUGUGUCCCAGAUGCCCCUGAAGCUGGAGUCGGAGGUGGUGGAGAACGGAGAAAACUUCUCUGUGGGAGAGAGACAGCUACUGUGUGUCGCCAGGGCUCUGCUGAGGCAGUGCAAGGUCCUGAUCCUGGACGAGGCCACAGCAGCAAUAGACGCUGAGACGGACGCUCUGAUCCAGGAGACCAUCAGGACCUCGUUUCAGGACUGCACCACCCUGACCAUCGCUCACCGGCUCCACACCGUCCUUGCCUCCGACCGCAUCAUGGUGCUCAACCAGGGACAGGUGGUGGAGUUUGACGAGCCGUCCAAGCUGCUGGCCAAUGAGAACUCUCGGUUGUGCUCAAUGAUGGCUGCUGUGGAAAACAAGAUCUCUGUCCGAGGAUGAAGACAUACUGAGGACUGAGAGGGGGGUCCGAGGUCACAGCAGGUCAAAGGUCAAGCAUUGAUGUUAGGUCAGCCCUGUCCCAGUGGUCCCGUUAAAACCAGGAUAAACCAGGAGAUGAAGAACAUUUACAGAAACUAAAGGACUGAUCUGGAGGUGCUGUGUCUGUUCCUGUACUGUAUAUUUUAAAGACAAAAACACUGAUCUCAGACCUGCUGUGGUGGGAGAAUAUAGAUCUGUUUGUAGUGGUAUGUUCAGAGUCUGCUCUGACGUCUUUUGAAUCUUUGAUGUCUCAUCAUCAUCUCACUCACCUACUGUUGCCUUUUUGCAACGUGAAGACAUCUUUCUGUUUAAUAGUGUUUUUUUGUCUGUUUUUAUGAGCUGAUAUGAACCAGGCCUUUGGUUAUUAUUCUUUUUAAUGAUCUGUUUUAUUGUCAUAAACACAUUCGGAGUGACUGGUGACCUUGCACCGUAUGAUUGGAUGUUUGGAGACAGAUAGGAGGUUAAAGGACCUUUCCAACAUGAUUUCCUUCUUCUUAAACCUUUAUACUGUCGUAGUGUUUACAAUGAAACAUGGCUCAGCUCAGCUCAUUCAGCUGAACCCACAGUCCAAAACUACUGUGAAUCAGUAUUCGAUCCUGUUGAGUCAGGUGUGAUUCAGGGGCUCUGAGUCAAAGAGCCAAUAUCAUCUGACACAAACCUGUGUCCUGCAGAUGGUGGUAGGAUAUUAUUCAUUUUCAGCAAAAAAAAAAAAAAGAUUGAAAAGACUUUAAGUAGGAAGCAUGUAACCCUGAGUGAAAACCCCUAAAACGACGGUGCCAACCACUGCACGAGCGUGCCGCCCUCAGUCAGAGCGUAAAGCCAUUAUUCCCCGUUUUCCAUUGAGUUUAAUGUGGAAUGAAACCUCAGGUGUGUCCUGCAGGUGUGUUAAUGUUUCUUCUCCUCACCUGUUCGCUUUAAUGUGAGGAUUUCUUUGCUGUGAGCUGCUGUUUCUUUGCUGGAAAAUGUUUUUAUUCUGUUUGUUGAUGCUGCUCUGACACUGUAAAACCCUACUGAUCUAAAUGAUGCUUUUAUCUUUUCUCUUAAUGUGUUGAAUUAGUUUCUGGAAACUGAGUAGACAGAUCGACUGUCAGGACGUUUGUUUUGCAGCCUGGUCUUUAUUUCAGUAGAUGGACAGAUUUGUCUGACCCGUCUGGACAUCUCCUGUCUGACAUCCUGUUUGUCCACAUGUCUCUCCAGCAUCACCGCAGAGGAAGACGUCAUCAUAACUGAUGGACACAACUAAAAAAAUAAAAGCCUGGUUGCGAAGAUAAACAGUUUUCCUUUAAGGAGCUGAGCGAGGCUGAACUCUUCAUGAACCAGAGGAAGUGAAAGACUUUUCACGUCAGCACCAUUUUCUAUCACAUCUGGUUUCUCGAACAGCCUCGUAGAAAACAUCUGUGUGUGUGUGUGUGUGUGUCUGCUGUGUUUUUCUAAAAGCCUUAUAGCAUGACUCGAUACUGCCUUGUUAGCAGGGAAGGGGGGAAGGGGGGGUCUGCCCCGAAAUAUUGUCAAUAAAACUAUUUUAAGAUGAAAAGUUUGUGGUAAU